GGGAGAGAGACAGAGGGAAGGAGGGAGAGACACAGAGAGGGAAGGAGGGAGAGAGACAGAGGGCAGGAGGGAGAGAGAUAUAGAUUUGGAGACCAAAGAGGUGGCUGAAAGUGAGGUAGUGUGAGCGUCUGUUUUGAUUGGAGACAUGGAGAUGGAGCCUCUAGGUGUGUGUGUUUCUAAACCAGAACAAGGAAACAGUCGUGUCCUAAAGGCUGCGCUGGCCGCAUGUGUGUGUUUCUGCAUCGCUCUGCUGCUUGCUGUCAUACUGGUUUCCCAGAGAGCCAAUCAGGAUGUCUUCUGCUUAACUCCAGAAUGUAUUGAAGCAGCUGGUUCUAUCCUCAGUAAGAUGGACCGGGCUGUGUCUCCCUGUGACGACUUCUAUGGGUUCUCCUGUGGUAGCUGGCUGAGAGACAACCCUAUUCCUGAAGAUUCCUCUUCUUACGGCGUCUACCCCUGGUUACGCCAACACGUUGAUAUCAUACUCAAGGAUUUGCUGGAGGCUCCAUCAGACUCAGAUGAGAUAGAAGCUGUCAGGAAGGCCAAGGUCUUCUACCGCUCCUGUAUGGACGAAGCUAUAUUGGAGAAAGUGGACAGUGGUCCUCUGUUGAAGCUUUUACAGCAGCCUGAGUUCCACUGGCCCGUCCUGGGGGAGGGGCUUGGGGGGGAGUGGCUCUGGUCACCAGGACGAUGGGACCUGCUGCAGACUUUGGCUCAGAUUAGGAACCAACACAGCAAGAGUGUUCUGAUUCGAUUAUACAUCGCCCCAGAUGACAAGAACUCCACCAACUACAUAAUUAAGUUGGAUCAGGCAUCUCUGUCUCUCUCCUCCAGAGAAGAUUACAUCACCAACACCACCAGCGCUCAGGCAUAUCGUAGUGCUCUCCUGAACCUCAUGGUGGACAUAGCAGUGAUGUUAGGAGCUCCACUGGAAGCAGCUGAGAUUCAGAUGAGUGAAGCACUGGCCUUUGAGACCAAACUGGCUCAGAUUGUGAUUCCAUUUGAGAACCGGACCAGUGAGUAUAUGUACAACAGAUACACCAUCUCCCGUCUACGCCGCUCCAUACCACAGUUUGACUGGUUGUCCUUUGUGAAGUCAGUAGUAGAGUCAAAGGGAGAAGGUGUUUCUGUCUACUCCUCUGAGCCAGUGAUAGUCCGUGUCCCCACCUACUUCAAACAGCUGUUUAAACUCCUCAACACCACUGAGCCCAGGACAGUUAGUAACUAUGUCAUGUGGAGGACAGUGUUCUCCAGGAUCACAACUCUCAGCCGACGCUUCUUAUACAGAUAUCUGGACUUCACACGGGUAACCACAGGAACGACCUCGCUGACCCCUCGUUGGGAUAAGUGUGUUAACUACGUAGAGAACACUCUGGUCUACGCCACCGGACGACUCUUCAUCAACACACACUUCCAGGAGGACAAGAAACACAUGAUGGAGGAGCUGAUUGAAGGAGUUCGCUGGGCGUUCAUCAACAUGCUGGAGAGAGACAACGACUGGAUGGAUGGACCGACCAAGAAGAAAGCUAUAGAAAAGGCUCAGACAGUCCUGGCCAAGGUUGGCUAUCCUGAGUUCAUACUGAAUGACACCUACAUCAACCAAGACAUAAAAGAGCUUGUAUUCUCUGAGGACAACUACUUCGGUAAUGUGAUGCAGACUCUGCGUUUCAUUGCCCAAUCGGAUCUCAACUGGCUGCGGAGGACUGUCCCUCGCACUGAGUGGUUCACCAAUCCCACGACAGUCAACGCCUUCUACAGCUCCUCCACCAAUCAAAUCAGGUUCCCGGCUGGAGAGCUCCAGAAGCCUUUCUUCUGGGGGCGGGACUAUCCUCGGUCUCUUAGCUAUGGAGCCAUAGGAGUGAUUGUAGGACAUGAACUAACACACGGCUUUGACAACAAUGGGAGGAAGUAUGAUAAGGAUGGUAACAUGGACCAGUGGUGGAGCAACGCAUCAAUCACAGCCUUCACUGACAAGACCCAGUGUAUGAUCGACCAAUACAACAGCUAUCGCUGGGAGGAGGCGGGACUAAAUGUGAGGGGGAAGAGGACCCUAGCAGAACAUUGUGUUGAUCUGUUAUCCUGUGUAAUCAGGUGAGGGGGAAGAGGACCCUAGCAGAACAGUGUGUUGAUCUGUUAUCCUGUGUAAUCAGGUGAGGGGGAAGAGGACCCUAGCAGAACAGUCUGUUGAUCUGUUAUCCUGUGUAAUCAGAUGAGGGGGAAGAGGACCCUAGCAGAACAGUCUGUUGAUCUGUUAUCCUGUGUAAUCAGGUGAGGGGGAAGAGGACCCUAGCAGAACAGUCUGUUGAUCUGUUAUCCUGUGUAAUCAGGUGAGGGGGAAGAGGACCCUAGCAGAACAGUCUGUUGAUCUGUUAUCCUGUGUAAUCAGGUGAGGGGGAAGAGGACCCUAGCAGAACAGUCUGUUGAUCUGUUAUCCUGUGUAAUCAGGUGAGGGGGAAGAGGACCCUAGCAGAACAUUGUGUUGAUCUGUUAUCCUGUGUAAUCAGGUGAGGGGGAAGAGGGCCCUAGCAGAACAGUGUGUUGAUGUGUAAUCAGGUGAGGGGGAAGAGGACCCUAGCAGAACAUUGUGUUGAUCUGUUAUCCUGUGUAAUCAGGUGAGGGGGAAGAGGACCCUAGCAGAACAGUGUGUUGAUGUGUUAUCCUGUAUAAUCAGGUGAGGGGGAAGGGGACCCUAGCAGAACAUUGUGUUGAUCUGUUAUCCUGUGUAAUCAGGUGAGGGGGAAGGGGACCCUAGCAGAACAGUGUGUUGAUGUGUAAUCAGGUGAGGGGGAAGAGGACCCUAGCAGAACAGUGUGUUGAUGUGUAAUCAGGUGAGGGGGAAGAGGACCCUAGCAGAACAGUGUGUUGAUGUGUAAUCAGGUGAGGGGGAAGAGGACCCUAGCAGAACAGUGUGUUGAUGUGUAAUCAGGUGAAGGGGAAGAGGACCCUAGCAGAACAGUCUGUUGAUGUGUAAUCAGGUGAGGGGGAAGAGGACCCUAGCAGAACAGUGUGUUGAUCUGUUAUCCUGUGUAAUCAGGUGAGGGGGAAGAGGAUCCUAGCAGAACAUUGUGUUGAUCUGUUAUCCUGUGUAAUCAGGUGAGGGGGAAGAGGUCCCUAGCAGAACUGUGUGUUGAUGUGUAAUCAGGUGAGGGGGAAGAGGACCCUAGCAGAACAGU